AUGAUGAAAAAUCAAGUAUCAGAAAUUGUCGCUGUUAAUAAUCAUAUGAAACAGAUUAAAACUUUGGUUACAACUUUAUAUUACAGAAGAGAUUAUCCAAGAUAUAUUGCUCAACAUAUCAAGAUAUUCUCAGUGCAAUCGUGUUAUCUGUCAAGAAGCAGAAAUUGUUCACUUUAUCAAGAUACAAUAUUUAUACUAGAAAAUUUAAAAGAGCAAGAAAAUUGA